ACACACCCUCUACACUCAACUCAAGCGAACUGAACUGGACUCAACGCUGCGCGAUCCCCAAAACGAAACAAAAUUCAAAAAAGAAAGAAAGAAGCUUGGCCAACAAGUUAGCCAGCGUGCGGGCCGGGUUAUGAAUCAUAGCCAAGCGUGCUGCGAGCCAACAACUUCGGCAGAGCCCACCUCAGCGCCUCUGCGCGCUAUGUAAACCAAACAAAGGCAACAGAGCAACAACAGAGCAACAACAAACCGACUUUAAGUCCGAAGCAGGGAGAAUUUUGAGGCGACGUUCCAUGUCUGGCCGGGAAAUGCGUCCACUGUCGCUCUCCAUUGGCGCCUCGCUGCUGCCCAGCUUCUCGCUGGCGACCGCCGCCUCAAAUAAUGCCGGCGUCGGCGGCAACAACAAUUCCGGCCGGGAUUGCUAUGGCAAACUCUGUCAUACCGUGGAUGAGUACUGUUCCAUGUUCGCCGAGAGCUGCAUGCCCUGUGCGAGCAUCUGUGACGACAGUUCGCACAAUUAUCACGCGGACACCUGUAUCAAGGAAUGCUCAGCCUACAACAGCUAUGAGCCUCUCAAGGCCGACAUACACAACAUCCAGAGCAAUCAGCAGGUGAUGAUGCUGCUGCUGAGCAUCAUCUGUAUACUGAUUGCCCUACGAUAUGCGGUGAAGUUUUUGAGCUGGUUCCGGCACAGCACUUGCCUAAAGCGCUUGAAGAGCCGGCUGCUGCCCAAGCCGCAGCAGAGCAAUGCCAAUGGCAAGGAUCUGAAUGCCACCACGAUGCAGAAUCCGAAUGCCUUUUACCGUGACAUCGAGCGGGCGCCUUCGCAGAUCAACAGCGUGGCAGCAGGCGCUGCCGAGGGUUCCGUGUUGACCACGCCGACACGCUAUCCGGCGGAGAAUAGCACAACACCAACAACGGUGGUAACUGAAAUCGGGUAUGUGUAUGAUAAUCAGGCAAUGGUUGUCACGCCCGUUACCGAGAAGCCGGGACCGACCGCAAUGGCUGCCUUUUAAAGAAUUUUGUUCAUCCGGAAUUGUCAUCUCAAACAUUACGAGCAACAAUGUGCAUCAGAUUGAAACUAGUGAUAUUUUGUAUAUUUUAAAAAACAUGUUUUCCAUUGAUAUUGAAGAACGCUGAAAUACAUUACUUUAAGACUAAUAUGGCACUAAAUAUAAAUACACAACUCUUAUAA